AGAGGAGCAGGAACAGAAAAGGUGGGAGAUGGAGGCUGAAAGGUAGGGGCGGGCAAGACGGCACGGAGAAGCCCCGCCUGGAGGGCGUGUCCUGACAGCCCCGCCCCCUCCGCCGGUCCUGGGAGCCCUAAAGAGCUGAGAGGUUGCAGGCGAGCUGCGCGAGCCCAGGAGUCCAGGCGCCCGCGUCCUAGCGCGGCCGAGCCCGGAGCGGCCCGCGCAGCCCCGGCCGCAGGCUCUGCGGAGAAAGCUUUUAGGAGAAGACUCCUAGCAGAGAACGAUUAGGCCGCAAAGCUGCUGUCCACGUGGACUGGAGCUGACAUCGCACGCCCACCUGCCAGGAGCCCCACUGCUAAGUUUGUGCUCCGAGAAAUGGCGACUGACAACAGCAAGGUGGCUGAUGGGCAGAUCUCUACCGAGGUCAGCGAGGCCCCUGUGGCCAGUGACAAACCCAAAACCCUGGUAGUCAAGGUGCAGAAGAAGGCUGGGGACCUCCCUGACCGGGACACAUGGAAGGGACGCUUCGACUUCCUCAUGUCCUGCGUGGGCUAUGCCAUCGGCCUGGGCAAUGUGUGGAGGUUCCCUUACCUCUGCGGGAAAAACGGUGGUGGGGCCUUCCUCAUCCCUUAUUUCCUGACGCUCAUCUUUGCGGGUGUUCCUCUCUUCCUUUUGGAGUGUUCCCUGGGGCAGUACACCUCCAUUGGGGGCCUGGGCGUAUGGAAGCUGGCGCCCAUGUUCAAGGGUGUGGGCCUCGCAGCAGCUGUGCUGUCCUUCUGGCUGAACAUCUACUACAUCGUCAUCAUCUCCUGGGCCAUCUACUACCUGUACAACUCCUUCACCACGACCCUGCCAUGGAAACAGUGUGACAACCCCUGGAACACUGACCGCUGCUUCUCCAACUAUAGCCUGGUCAAUACCACCAACAUGACCAGCGCCGUGGUGGAGUUCUGGGAGCGCAACAUGCACCAGAUGACAGAUGGGCUGGACAAGCCAGGACAGAUCCGCUGGCCGCUGGCCAUCACACUGGCCAUUGCCUGGGUGCUUGUGUAUUUCUGCAUCUGGAAGGGUGUUGGUUGGACUGGAAAGGUGGUCUACUUCUCAGCCACGUACCCCUACAUCAUGCUCAUCAUCCUGUUCUUCCGUGGAGUGACGCUUCCCGGGGCCAAGGAGGGGAUCCUGUUCUACAUCACACCCAACUUCCGAAAGCUGUCUGAUUCUGAGGUGUGGCUUGACGCCGCCACCCAGAUCUUCUUCUCCUACGGGCUGGGCCUGGGGUCCCUGAUUGCACUGGGAAGCUACAACUCUUUCCACAACAAUGUGUACAGGGACUCCAUCAUCGUUUGCUGCAUCAACUCCUGCACCAGCAUGUUUGCCGGCUUCGUCAUCUUCUCCAUCGUGGGCUUCAUGGCUCAUGUCACCAAGAGGUCCAUAGCUGAUGUGGCAGCCUCAGGCCCGGGGCUGGCAUUCUUGGCAUACCCCGAGGCUGUAACACAGCUACCCAUCUCUCCCCUCUGGGCUAUCCUCUUCUUCUCCAUGCUGCUGAUGCUGGGCAUUGACAGUCAGUUCUGUACCGUGGAAGGCUUCAUCACCGCCCUGGUGGACGAGUACCCCAGACUUCUUCGCAAUCGCCGUGAACUCUUCAUUGCUGCCGUGUGCAUCGUGUCUUACCUGAUUGGCCUGUCAAACAUCACCCAGGGUGGCAUUUAUGUCUUCAAACUGUUUGAUUAUUACUCUGCCAGUGGCAUGAGCUUGCUGUUCCUGGUUUUCUUUGAGUGUGUCUCCAUUUCCUGGUUUUAUGGUGUCAACCGGUUCUAUGACAACAUCCAGGAGAUGGUUGGCUCCAGGCCCUGCAUCUGGUGGAAGCUGUGCUGGUCCUUUUUCACACCCAUCAUUGUGGCGGGCGUGUUUCUCUUCAGCGCAGUGCAGAUGACACCACUCACCAUGGGAAGCUACGUCUUCCCCAAGUGGGGCCAGGGCGUGGGCUGGCUCAUGGCUCUGUCUUCCAUGGUGCUCAUCCCCGGGUACAUGGCUUACAUGUUCCUCACCCUGAAGGGCUCUCUGAAGCAGCGUCUCCAGGUCAUGAUUCAGCCCAGUGAAGAUAUCGUGCGCCCUGAGAACGGCCCUGAGCAGCCGCAGGCUGGCAGCUCAGCCAGCAAGGAGGCCUACAUCUAGGGGUGCAGCCCCCUCGUCACCCCUACACUGGCAUUCUGGACUGGCUGUACCCACACCCCUUGAAGACUGAAGAUACCCUCUGUCUCCACCUACCUCAAGGGGCAGGUCCAGACACCAUGACCAUGCAGAGAGGGGAGGUGGGGGACAGUCUGACCCUGGGUGGGCCCUGAGUGGGCAGCCGCCUCUGGAGGCUUCCGUAGAGGCCCCUUAGCAGGAGCAGGUGGCUAGCCUUUGUAACUGCCACUGUAGCUCCUUUUUAUGCUGCCAGAGAGGGUGAUAGCUGCGGCCACACGCUCCUGGCUUUUAGUCUUUUUUCAGACUGUUUUCCUGUGCCCCAACUGUAGACUGUUACCCAGACUUUUCUGUCCUCCUUGGCUCUGAACUGGUCAUGGACCAGGGCUACGGCAUUUUGUUCAUGGCCGCUGGGAGCCAGCAGGCUCUGCCUCUUCCUUCUCAAUUUCUCCUUCCUGAGGCAGCUUCCCGGACCCACCCCUAGACUGUUCACAGAUCCGUGCGGAGAGGGUCCUCUGUCCCUGUGACCCUGUGACCCGGGCAACUCAGUGUCCCCUGCCCUACCUCCCCAGGUGGCAUUAACAACAACUGCCCAUCCAGAAGGGUCCUGUGUACUGGGAAGGAAAAAAAAAAUUCACAAGCACAAUUGCCUUUUUUGGUCACCAUCCCAGGACUUUCCCCAAGUGGGAGCUGUGGUCCUUCUGAGCUGCCCAGUUUGGCACAAACAAUGACCAAGGAAAUCAAGGUGAAGGUUCUAAGUCAGGACCAAUCCAGCUCACUCUGGUUUCCCUCUUAGACUGUCACUGCCACUCUGUUCUGCUGUUCCCCCCUCACCUUUCUGGAAAACUUUCAGAUGUAUACACCCACUCAUGGAGCAGGGUUACUCCAGAGGCUCUGCCCACCCUACCCUGGCACUAAGCUUCCCUUGCUAGCCUGCUCCAGUGGGGACAUCGCAUGUCCCUUCUGGCCUUGGGUUCUGGGUUAGUGAAGCCAGCCUGCUCCAGUGGGGGCAUCACGUGUCCCUUCUGGCCUUGGGUUCUGGGUUGGUGAAGCCAGCAGAGACAGUUUCUGGAAAGUUCCAGAAGCUCCGUCUCUCUCCUCUGCUGAGAGGGUGGACUCCCAUGUAGCAAAGCGUAUGUCUUGUCCCGUAGCUUCUUAGCUUGAUAGCUCACAAACUGUGUUUAUGACUAAUCCUUAAUAACUAUGGUGAAUAACUGUGACCGUGGGUUUUUUUGAAUCUCUUGUCAUUCUCAUCCAAAAGUGACCAGCACACCAGUUCUUGCAAUAAGCUAUCUCCCUCCCUCAGAGCAUUAAGCACACUGUAGAGAAUGCAAACACGUAUGCACAUAGAAAUGCACACACAUGCAUACCCAUCCUCACAUGUGGCAUUUAGCGUCCCGUGUGAUAUUGUGUAGGCAAUCUACCAGCUCUUCCCGAGGCCACUUGUAACAGGGUCGUGUGGCUGAGGCAUCCGCCUGCUCGGUGGAGACUCUGCGACCGACCAGCUUGCACAGGUGCCUGUCGCCAGAGUCCCAGAUGUGGAAUGCAAGGACCCUCCACUGUGUCUUGUGGCCCCAGCCCACCCCCACCUGUGUAGGAAGCCCUUUAGGAUGAGGGCAGGAGGUCUCCUUCUUGCUGCUCGAUGUUCUUUGAUGUGAAACUGAGAACAAGUCUUUCCUGAGAUAAGUGCAGUAUAUUUCAUGUUUGUAAGCACCUCUGAGAUGUUUGGCAAGAAAUCCCCCGAUUUCCACCCAAACUUACCUUAUAGAGCACAACGUUAAGGGUCGUACAAUUACUGUGAGAACUGUGAAUAUGUGUAACUUUUCUUUUUUCAGUUUUUGCCCAGAGGGAAGAAGAUAAUUGUAUUAUCAUAUAUGCUUUUUUUUUUUGCAAUAAGGAUUUAUUCUCAGAACACCAAGUAAAUUUAUCUCUAUAUAAAAGUAUAUGUAAUAUAUGCCUAUUCAGACUAUAUACAGAGCCUGUUUUAAAAAAAAUUACAGUAUUAUUUAGUAAAAUUAUCUGUUCUAUGGACCAAAUGUAAAAUAUUUAUACAUGAAGAUGUGUUUUAAAUGUCUAUCAAAUGGAAUCACAGCUAGAGCACGGGCGUCAUGUACGUUUCUAAGAAUUUAGAGGAAAAAAUAAUAAAGGUUCUAUG